CGCCCGCCCAGCGCGGCCAUGCUGGGCAAGGACUACAUGCUGGCCAUCAUCCUGGUCAACUGCGACGAUAACCUGUGGAAUGACCAGAACCUGGAGGCCGAUCUUGACCUUCCUCCAGGAUGGAGGAAGAUCCACGACUCCUCGGGAACCUACUACUGGCACGUGCCCUCAGGCAGCACCCAGUGGCAGCACCCGCGCUGCACCCCAAGCCUGGCCUGUGGCGGGCAAGCCGCUUUGCCCGAAAUGGACCUCCAGGCCGCUGCAGGAACACACGUGCUGCAGGAGAGACUCGUCCCGAGUCCGACGGCGUCACUACCGAGGAGGAUGCUACCGGCCUGGCAUGGGAAGGAGCACCACUGUGGCCACACUGAGCCAGGCUCCGAGUGCUUCAUUGUGCGCUCCUUGGGCUGGGUGGAGAUCCCUGAGGAGGACUUGGCUCCCGGGAAGAGCAGCAUUGCAGUGAAUAAUUGCAUCCAGCAACUCUCUCAGAGCAAGUGGGGCCCUGCCGGCAGGUGGGGCGAGGGCCAAGACAUGGUGAUGAUGCUGAAGGAGGACACGAUGAGCCUGCUGGACCCCCUGGACUACAGCCUCAUCCACUGCCAGCCCAUCAUCAGCAUCCGCGUCUGGGGAGUGGGCUGCAACAACGGCAGGGACUUCGCUUUCGUGGCCAGCGACAAGGACGCCUGCAUGCUGAAGUGCCAUGUCUUCCACUGCAACGUGCCCGCCAAGGCCAUCGCCAAGGCCCUGCAUGAGAUGUGCUCCAAGAUCAUGGCUGAGCGGGCUGUGGCGAGCGGCGGCCUCACUCGGUCCGUCACCCUGGAGCCCCUCGUGCCGGAGGACAUGCCCCAGCAAGCUGACGUUUUGGAUGCCGUGAGAGAGUCUCUUCAGAAAUACGAUGCUCUGUUCAUCGGCAGUGUCCCAGUGUCCAAAGCCAUGGGGAUGGAAGUGCUAAACAACGCCAUCGAGGUCCUGAUGAGCAGCCGUGCGCGGGACCGGUGGACUCCGCUGGUCGUGACCAUUUCUGACUCCGUCAUGCAGGCGGGCCCGGCUGAGGUGGAGGACGCCCACGUCUGGGAAUGCCAGGUCCGCUACAUCACCUUCAUUGGGAUUGGGAAGGACGCCCGCUCGUUUGCGCUCAUCAGCGACAUGGGGCAGCAGCGUUUCCAGUGCACGGCUUUUUGGUGUGAGCCGGAUGCCGGCGCCAUCUCAGAAGCGGUGCAGGCCGCGUGCAUGGUGCGGUAUCAGAAGUGCUUAGUGGCUUCGGCAUCCCAAGCGAGAUCCAAAAGCAGCCCACGCGCCGCCUUGAAGAUGAGAAGGACGAUGUCGACGGACUCACCGGGGUGCCCCUUCCCUGCCACGGGGCACUGCCUGCAGAAGAGCGGCAGCCGGCCCGCUGCGCGCAAGAGGGGGCUCCUCGCCUUCCUCGAAGCCUUCCGCCAGAAGCAUCCCCUUCUGCACGCCCCAUAGGGCGGGGUCGGGUCCUCCACUGCGGCCGCCCCCCGGCUCAGGCGCAGAAUGUAAAUAGCGCGCUUUGGCCCGCUGCUGCUUCCACCGAGGCUGAAUGGGCAGCGGGUCCGAGCAGCGCCCGGUGGGGCCCGGGCCGAUUCUGGGAGUGCCAUGCAUAUUUCUUCUAGUCCUUUGCUGUGUAGAUGCUCUGAGGAGGUGGCAUGGCUGCUCUCGCUGCACACGAAUGUCCAGACUGUUCCUCGGCAUGCGGAGCGGGCAGGAUCCGGCGCACCAGGAUCAAGGCUUAAACUCUUGCUCUCGUGGCCCACUGGAGUUGGCGGCCAAGGCCAGAGCAGGCAUGCCAGCUUCCUGAGACAGUGUCCUGGUUGUGCAUAGUAAAAGCUGUGGACCUUUCCCAUAAUCCUCCCGCUGUAGCAUGAAUGCUUGGCAUCGGGAUGCGGCUGCCGGCCCACUAGGAGGAUGCAACCGCUGCAGCUCUGGGGGGCAGGCAGGCAUCGGCUCAAGGCGGCAAAGUGGCUUGCGCACUCUGGGCUAGUCAGGCGUGGGUACAGAUAAACAGCUCCUUUGAAAAUGACAGAGUCUCCCGACCUCUGCAUUCAGACAGAGACACCGCUCCAUCCAUGGCCACAUGCUUCUCCUCACGGCAAGCUGCGCAGCACAGGUGCCUUGGCAUGGCUCUCCUUUCUUUGGCAAGCACUGUGCCAGCUCUUUGAACCUUCCAAACGUGUUCCAGAACAAGGACACCGGGAAGCUACCCUUCCACAGCAAGCCGGCGACCCCAGCUACGCACAGACCGCAAACGCCAGGCCUAGCUCCAGUGCUCGCUAGCAGAGCGCCUGUAACACGCGUGAGCGAGGUGUGCGCGUGCCCAGCGCCAGCAUUCACAGCUGCCGUGCGUGGCCAGGCCGGCGCGCCUGGCCGGCACGGGUGGGGUGCUGCCGAGGCCCACCGUGGCAUAAACGUGGGCAAGAGGAAAGGGCGGCUCUCCACACACAUUCCUUUCUUUUUGGUUUCAGGUCUGAUGCAACCUUUAUCUUAUUUAUACUCAGCCAUGGACUAAGAUAGGCUCACGUCUACCUCAGCAAGACUUUAUAUCUGAUCAUUUGUGCUAAUAAAGUAUGAAUAUGGAGGAAAGCUAGA